GGAGUUUGAUAGGGACAGAAUGAAACACUUUGCUCGUGUUUUUAGUGAUAGUAACAAACAAGUUAUCAUCAUGUCCACAUCUAUUAAUUUUGGAAUCUGAAUUAGGACAAAAUUGGAGAUUAUACAAGAGCUAAACCAGAUUAAAACUAUGACAGCUCUAGAAGACAACGCCAUUUAGAGAGAGCCACAUUCUUUCACAAUGGUGCACCUAAGAAAAACCAUUCACAAGACCAAAAGUUUCUUUAACAAAAGGCUAAAAAACUUCAGGUCUUUUUUCUCUGGAGGGUACCAAAAACUUCCAAGAUCUCUUUCCUUCAAUUUCCUUUGUAAUAUGGACAAUGCAAAAGCUUACUCAAGUGACCAAUUCUACAAUGAGUUCUAUGAUAUCUUGCAAUCUGAUCUCAGCACAAUGAAGAUGUUUGGUAAAGGAAAAGAGCCUGCAAUGGAAGAUGCUGCAAGAAGUGGAAACUUCGUGUGUUUUUCGAAACGAAGUCCACAAAAAAGCGCUUAUGAAGGUAGCGUACAAUCACAACUGAGGAAAAAGGAGGAUCUGAAUUCACAAAACACGAAUAAGGGAGCACAUGUGUUAGCACAGAAGAUGAAGAAAAUGGAUAUGAUGGAAUCAGGUGAUCUUGAACAUGUGCUAGACAUAGAAGAAGCACUUCACUACUAUUCUCGCCUUAAAAGUCCAGUUUAUCUCGAUAUUGUGGACAGGUUUUUCAUCGACAUAAACUCAGACUUUACUUUUCCACAGCCUUCUGCCAGCUUCAAAAGCUCAAAGGAAAGACUUGGUCCAGUUCAGUUACAUAAAAGAUAAAUAAUUUAAUCUCAAUGCAAAGCAUGUUCUAGUGUAUAGGAAAAACCAAUUCUACAUCACUAUUUUGUGCCUCUUAUUUUCAUUUCCUCUAGUUUUCUGUACUAUUUACUUUAUUUGGUUUUGUUCCCAUUGUUUAAAGCUUUCUUAUUUAUUUUUUUCCACUGGUUAGAGCUUUAUGUUUUCUACAAUAUAUUGAUCUCUA